ACCACCACCAGCACUGUGUGUACUCCAUACGUAGUAGUCCGUAGUCUUGAACCAUCCAUCAGAAACAUCCCCCAUUUCUAGUACAAUGACUUCGGCUGGUCCGCCACUAUCGCUCUUCAAAGCUUGUUAUAUAUGAUCCCAGCUCUGCCCUCCUCUUUUUCUUCUUUCCUUCCGUCAUCCUUCUAUCCUUCUCAUCUUCUUCCAUCACUACCACUUCCUUCCAGGUGAAGAGCUCUUCAGUUCAUUCCCUGGUUUUCAUCUUAUAAUAGGAGUGAUAUCAUCUCCCCCGUCUCUUAUCAUCUACGCUUUAAAUUCUCUCUCCCCCCUCAGUCUCCCUGGUGGUGCUCUUUUGCUCUUCAACCUCGAAACUCAAUUCCUCCGCCUCUAAACCAGUCAAUAAACUCAUCCAUCAUCAUGCCUCGCAUCGAAGACGCUGAAGGGGUUGACCCGACUGCUCCUGCCCCUACUCACCGCGAGUCUCGCGGUUCCCUCCCCAUCCCCGGUGACAUCGCCGGCAACACUGUCGAGGUCCCCGCUACCCGCAGCUCCAUCAGUGAUGCUGCCCAGUUCAUGCACAACCUGAGCUUUGCUCCCUCUUCCCGGGAUCGUCGUGCCUCUCGCAACUCCUUCGGCACCUCCCUUCCCAUCCCCAGAUCUCCCCGUGUCUCGCGGUUGUCCUCCGUUGUCACGAGAGAUGUCUCCCGGGAUAUCCUGGCAUCCCAGGUCCAGGACAUGUCCAAGGAGAAGGUCGCCGCCGCCAAGAAUAUGGCUUUCGCCUUCGACAUCGACGGUGUCUUGGCUCACGGUAACCACGCCAUCCCCCAGGCCAAGGAGGCCCUCAAGAUGCUGAACGGCGACAACGAGCUGGGCAUCAAGAUCCCCUACAUCCUCCUGACCAACGGUGGUGGUAAGACCGAGGAGGCGCGCUGCGCGCAGCUCACCGAGGUCCUCGACUGCCCCAUCUCCACCGACCAGUUCAUUCAGUCCCACACCCCAAUGCAGGCAUUGGCUGAGUACUAUGAGACUGUCCUGGUUCUCGGUGGUGAGGGCCAGAAGAUCCGCGAGGUCGCUGAGAACUACGGCUUCAAGAACGUCAUCCACCCCAAGGAUAUCCAGGCUUGGGACCCCACUGUCUCUCCCUGGAGCACCCUGACCGAGGAGGAGAAGGCCGAGGCCAAGCCCCGCGACUUCUCACAGGUCAAGUUCGACGCUAUCUUGGUCUUUGCCGACUCUCGCGACUAUCAGACCGACAUGCAGCUCAUCAUGGAUCUCUUGCUGGCCGAUGACGGCAAGCUCUUGACCCGCGCCAAGGACCCUGUCGCUUCCCGCAUCCCCAUCUAUUUCUCGCAGGGUGACUUGCUCAUGCCCACCGACCACAAGGGCCCCCCCCGUCUCACCCAGGGUCUUUUCCGUAUCUCCAUCGAAGCCCAGUACAAGGCUCUUACCGGUGUUGAUCUCGAGCGUGUUGUUUACGGCAAGCCCGAGCGCGCCACCUACACCUACGCCGAUGAGGUUCUCAAGUCCUGGAUGGAGGAGAUCCACAACGAGAACAAGCUGCCCGAGAACAUCUACAUGGUCGGUGACAACCCGGCCUCCGACAUCUGCGGUGGUAACAUGCACGGCUGGAACACCUGCUUGGUCCGCACCGGUGUUUUCCAGGGCGGUGACAACGACGACAACAACCCGGCCAACUUCGGUGUCUUCCCCAACGUGCUCGAGGCUGUCAAGGCCGCCGUCCGCAAGGAACUGGGCCAGGAGUUCAAGUUCAAGUGGAACCCCAAGGUCAACCCUGUCCUCCACAGCGAGAACGCCUCCGCUGUUGAGUAAACGGGACGCUUAUAAACGAUCAAAAAUAAGGAAUUGGGCAUCUCGGUGUCGAGUUCCUUCUCUUUAUCUUACUUCUCAUUCCCCAUUUUCUCAUACAUCAUGUUUGACCGAUCAAGUACAUUGAUGUUAGACAUUUUCAUCUCCCCCCCCACACUUACCACCAUAUUGUUACGGCUUUACGGGUUUGGACUACUGAUAUCCAUCGUUGUCGCUUGUCUUGGGCAGUUAAUAAACCAGAAAGCAGACCGAUUCUUUGUCUCGAGUGAUUUUUUUGUGUCAUGUUAUUAUUUAGACUGCGAUUGAUUUUUUUUCUCAUAUGAUGAAGAUGCGAUAUGCAAGGCAUGCAUCAAUGAACGGUAU